AAAGCGUUGUAAGAUAACGUAGUGGUUCAGCAGUUUCAUGAUUGUGUCGUGCGCGUACGGAUGUGUGAGUCUUGUACUCGGUGUUACGAUGUCGAAGUUUUUCGCGAUAUCGCUUUUAUCUUCGCCUGUUUGAAUUUUUUCGCCGGUUAAUUGAUUACCUUAUUUUUUACAUUUCAAUUUUUUAAAUCGUCUUUUCGGUUUUUUUUUCGUCAUUUUUGUGAUGUGGAUUGUUUAAUAUUAAAAUGUGGAACAAACUUCCCUUCGGUGUUUUGGGCUUAUUAUGCGCCAGCUAUUUCAAUUUCAUCUCAGUAGUGGAAACCAAAGGAGCAUUGCAGCAGCAGUACUUCAGACUGCAUCCAAUUAGUGUAAAAGCAUCCGUUGGUACAGAUGUGACUCUUCAGUGUGAAGUGGAAAACGUUUCGGGACAAGUUCAAUGGACAAAGGAUGGAUACGCUUUAGGUUACAACCACACAAUCAACGGAUUGCCGCGAUAUAGAUUUCUCAAAGACGAGGAAAGAGGGAUAUUCAAUUUGUUUAUUCGGAACGUGAGCUUAGAAGAUGAUGCGGAAUUCCAGUGCCAAGUGGGUCCUGCAGUAAAACCUAUAAUUCACAAACCUCUUCGUUCGGCGGCGAAUUUGACAGUUAUCUCUCCGCCACAGACUUUGGAAUUUAUUGGCCGUGAAAAUAAUAGCAAACUGGAAGUAAGAGAGAAUCAUUCCAUCAGAUUACAGUGUCAAGCUAAAAAUGCAAAACCUGCUGCUAAAAUUAUUUGGUACAGAGGAAAAACUGAACUUAAAUUCGACAAUCCACAAGAGAACGUAACCGAGUCGUCAACCAGAGUGAAUUCGAAAAUUAAACUUUACGAUGUUACUAGCGAGAUACAUCUGCAACCGUCAGUCGAAGAUGAUUCUGUUAAUUACACCUGCGAAGCUGUUCAUGACGCAUUACCACCGAAAAAACACUUGAGAGCUUCCGUACAAUUGAGUGUGCUAUAUCCUCCAGGAUUGCCAUAUAUCGAAGGAUACAACGAAGGAGAUGCCUUACGUAGCGGACAAAAUGUUGAUUUAAUUUGUCGCUCAAGAGGCGGCAAUCCACCAGCUCAAUUAGUAUGGUAUAAAAAUGGCGAACAAAUCGGAGCUGUUUAUAGAACAUGGGGUCGUGUUUCGGAAAAUGUGUAUUCCUUUAUAGCCAAUAUGACGCACAACAAAGCUAGAUUCACUUGUGAAGCUUCCAGCGUGAUCAAUAAUACCAGAUUGACUACCGAAGUGAAUGUGACUGUACACUAUGCUCCAGCUACUUUAAUUAUAAAUGGUAGUUCAGAAGGAAAAGUUGGAGAUGAAAUUCCAUUGACUUGUUCCUCAGCGCCAAGUAAUCCACCUGUGGAGUUGAAGUGGAAUAUCGGUGGUAAAGAUGUGACAAAUACUUCAUUCCAAAGGGUAUCUUCUUUGCAUAAUGGUUAUGUAACGCAUUCAAAUAUUACCGUAACCAUUGAAUCCGAUGCAGAAAAUGUAGUGGUCAUUUGUUCGGCUACCAGUGUCCUGGGGGACAAUAAAUUAGCCACACAUACUAUCACAGUAUUAAAACCGCCCGGAAAGCCGAUCAUCAGUACGCAAAUGAAUACCUCGUACGCUGAAGCUGGUAGUUUACAAACGCUGAAGUGUGUGUCCAUCGAUGGAAGUCCUUUGCCGACUUUGAAAUGGUUUCGAAAUGAUAAAGAAAUUCCUUCUAAAGUCAUGUAUGAUAAAAAAAUGGCCACUGCUGAAACGAAUAUUUAUGUUAAUUCAUCUGAUAAUGAAGCAGUGUACAAAUGUGAAGCGCAUAAUUCCGCCAUUGAUAUUCCUUAUUUCGAAACAUUGAAACUAACAGUCUAUUUUCCACCUCUACACGCUAUUAUUAAAAAAGAACCUCCGAUAUUCCGAGCUGGAUCUCAAGGAAAGCUUAUAUGUGAUGUUAGCUCGAGUAAUCCUCCAGCGACAGUAGGUUGGUGGCUGGAUGGUUUGGCAGUGACUGAAGGUGUUACCGAAUACUCGAGACCGGGUUUACAUGGCGGUAAAGUGGUCACCAUUGAAUUACAUUUGAAUUUGAGCGCUGAAAUGGAUGGCCAUAAAUAUACCUGCCAAGCGGCGAAUUCGCCUCUGAAGCGUAAUAUCGACACGAUCGCUUCAUUGGAUGUCAUGUAUGCGCCUAUGUUUGUGGAUUUAAAUGAGACUUUUUUUACUGGCAUAGAAGAAAAGAGUUUAGUAAUUCCUUUUAGAGUUCACGCUAAUCCUAAUACAAUAACAUACACGUGGACGAAAGACGGUUCUCCAUUAACACAUAAUUUUACUGGGUCAAUUUUCAAUAUAACACGACUAAGCAGAAAGGAUUCUGGAAUUUAUUCGUGCGAAGCAAUUAACGACGUGGGGUCUACUGCCAUCAAGUUCAACAUAUCAGUUUUAUAUGCCGCUUCUAUUCGGAAAAUAACCGAUGUUAUAACAGUUGGAGAAAAAGAAACCGCUACGUUGGAAUGCACUGUUGACGGAAAUCCUCUUAGCACGGAACACGUGACUUGGAAACGGGCUGGAUUUUCAAUGGAAAAACGAGCUAAUUUUUCAUUUAAUAAUGCCACAUCUUCGUUAACUAUAAAAGAUGUAUCCUUAGACGACAUGGGUUCUUUUUUUUGCGUUGUGGAUAACGGAAUUGGAAACGAAAGCAGCAAACCGGCGUAUUUGGUGGUUAAACAUAAACCAGAAGUCGAUUCGUCAGAACCGUUAUCAAAAGCUGCCGCAAAAAAAGGAAACACAGCGAAAUUAAUUUGUAAAGCUUCCGGAGCUCCUGCUGUAACAUUUUCUUGGUCCAGGAACGGCACAGUGCUUCCAAAAAGUCAGACUGAAAAGUUCAAAAUAGAAACGAAAGCUUCCAAUCACAUACAUUUCUCGUCGACGUUAUACAUUCAAAAUGUUGUUGAUCAAGACUACGGUAUAUACGGAUGUACUGCCCGAAAUGAGCUGGAUUUUGAUAAAACUACUGUUGAAUUGCAACGUCCUAGUGGGCCAGAUCCAGUGGCAACACUAAUUGCCGUAAACGCUACUCACGAUUCGAUCACCCUGUCAUGGACUCCUGGUUUUGAUGGCGGAGAGACUAAUACCUUUCUUUUAAGAUACUCAACCGUGGACAAUGAUGAAAAACCGAGGCUUGAAAAUGCCGGAAAUCAAACCAUCUUCACCAUUCAUGGAUUACGUUUAGCUACCUGUUAUCAUUUUAAUAUUAUAGCUACGAAUAGUUUGGGCCGAAGUACCUUUAUGAAGGAAUCUGUGAAGGCUUGCGCUUUAAGUGAAGGUCCGCCCUCCUUACCCAGUCGGGGCGAAGUUUCUAAUGAAGAAGUCAAUAAGUUACCAUUUGCUGUUGGUUUGGUAGUGGCUUUUGUUUUAAUCAUCUUAAAUGUUACUGUCGUCGGAUUUUGUAUCGUGAAACGUUCGAAAAACAAAUUUAAAGAAACUUCCAAUCAGCAUGGAAAUAAAGCAGACGGUAAUGAUUUGUAUGCGGCCAAUAAUUUUACUGAUCAAAUGCACGCGGAAUCGAUUACAUCAGUUUCGGAAAAAUCAGAAAAUUACGAUAAAGGUUACAAUGUUGACGAAGGUCGAUGCUCAGCUUUAAAUACGUACAUGAUUGAAGAAAUAGAUUACCCAUUUCAAGACACGAGCGUAUACGAAAUAGAAGUUAAACCUGAAAAAUUGAACGCUUAUCAUAGAACAUCGACAAUUUGUCGAAAUGGUUCACUGUGCCAAAGAAUCGAUGCAAGUAAUGCAAAUUUAUCCAGCGAAACGCAAUUUAUUGCCUAUCCGCCUCCUGUUCAAUUCGCUCAACCCCCUUUGCAGUAUAUUUCAACACAGCGAGGGCAUAUUCCAGUUCCACCUCCUGAUGUUACAGUACAGACUGCACAAAAUGUUCCUUUAUCUACCUUCAAUUAUAAUUCAGAACUUGACGGUCAGUUAGUUUGAUUGUAAGUUAAAUGCUUAGUGCAUAAUGAAGUGACUCGUCUUUAUUCGAUAAUGUGACGUGUAACUUGUAAAACACUCCGUUGUGUUUUAAGGCUAUCGGUACCUAUACCUACUCGUUGUAUUGUAUGAUAACUUUUUUUUACCAUGUUUAUAAUUUUAUAAUGAGAUUACCAUGUACAAUUAUUACGCUGAUGAUUAUUCCAUUUAAGCGAAACAAAUUUUCGGCAUUUGUGAUUAAUUAUCGAUAUUUUUUAAGACGUGUAUUUUUGAUGUGUUUAUUUUAUACGGGGAAUGUCCAUGUUAUGGACAAGCUUUAUUUCAAUUUAAUACCUUCUACGAAUUUUUGUUUUUGCAUAAUUUUCAUUUUUCGUCAAAAUUACCCAUUACUUGCCUACCUACCUAUUAUUUUUUUCUUCAAGUUACUUGAUUUUUUUAAAGACAUUUACGAAAGAAUAGUUUCUUUUUUUCAAGUUCAAUCGUAGAUACUCGUUGGUACAUAUGAGUGAAUAAUUUUUCAACUUUCAAAACUUUAAAUUAAAAUUAUUAACAUGUUUUUGUUGAAGAACAUUGAAAAAAAAUUGAAAUCUUUUGUGCUUGAAAAAACACUAUUUUAACUCGAGUAUUGUUGAAUCGUAUUGAGUAGGUAUGCAAUGUUUGAGAUGUUAAUAUACAGAAAGCGAAUUUUCUAAGUGAAAAUUAUGUCAAUACUUAUUUCUGCUUUUGGCAUUCGAAAUUUUUUUAGUACAUUUAAAGAUAUCAAUUAACAUGCAUAUCGUUGAUAAUAUCCAUCUUAUGUAGUAUAGUGUUUUCUGUAAUUUCAUGGGCCUUUAAAUGAAACUACAAGAAUUUCGUUUCUGUGAAGAAAUGUCGGCUAGCUUUACGCUACCAAAUAAAUAUUCAAUUUAUGGUGAUAUAAAUCAUUUAAUAAGAUACUCCAUUGAGAACCUGCUCAAUUUCUGCGUGCAUUUUUGCAAGACUUUCGUAUUUUUAUUGUGAAUAGUUGUAUAACUGUUGUAGGUCUAGGUAUGCUAGUACACAUUACCUAUUUUUGUGUUGAUUUUUUUUUUUACUAUUAGUCUAGGUAAUUUGUCAAACUACAAGUUUGAGUGGUGAAAUUAUAAGAAAAUUCAUUUUCUCUUGAUAUCAAGCGUGUUGUAAAAAUCUUAAUAAUUCGUCCUGAAAUUUUCAUAAUCUUGUAAAUUUUCGAAUUGAAAAAUUAUGUAAGUAUUAUUGGAAAUGUUGGAGAUUUAUGUUUAUAUAUUUUAACUUUUAAUGAUCUCUUGAAAUUUUUUGUGAUCUCUUCUUAAUUGUAAUACGUAGGUAUUUAAACAGUUGAAAUAGUAAUGUGCAGUAUUUGAAUUUUUCAAAUCUUGAACCAAAAUUAUAUUGAGUAGUAGCGAGGAAGUGAUUUUUUAAUAAAAAUUGAUCAAGGCUGUUUUAAAUGGUAGGUACAUCACAUAAAACUUAUUUGUUUUCGUUUUGUUAAAGAUUAAUUUAUUAACAGUUAUCAAAGAAUUCUAAAGCGUGUUACCGUUUUUGUUUCAAUGAUGAAAAAAAAAUCGUUUUAAUUAAGGUAAUGUGUUGUUUAUAGGUAAAAGUUAUAAAAUUUGUAUAAAACUGUGGAGGAAACAGCGUUAUUUGUUAUUUCAAUUCAUCGACGUUUUAGUCAAUGUAUGUAAUCUGCGCAUCAUAAACCUGUGUAUAUUCUUUUUAAAUAAUGUAAAUUUUGUGUAUACGUAAUUAUUGACAAUAUACCUAAUUACUGUAAAUACGUACCUCAGAUGUUUGUUUGUAAAUAACCUUUAAGUGUAUAUGAAUUUUAUAAAUUUGUUCUCUCAAUUUUUUUUGGUUGUGUUAUAUGUGUAUGUUUUGUGAUUUUAAUAAAUUUUUAUUUUGUCAGUUUCAAA